GGCAUUUUGGCGGGUAGCAGGAGAUGGUGCGCUAUCAGGAGCGAUGGCAAAGAAGGGGCAAUCUUCGAAGUUUUUCCCAGGAGAUGCACCAACACCCUCCACUGCUGCUUCGACACCUGGACCAGGUGGUGUUUGGACGUCCCGCAAGGGGGAUGUAGGCAUCAAGGGGAAAUCCCGGGAUGAAAUCGAACGUCCCGGGACCAGCCCUCCGGGAGCGCGUGCAGCGGUGCAGCUUCCAAAGAGGCCAAACUCGAUGCAGACCCAUGCGCGUUCGCUAGGAGACUCGGGGGCCAUGUCCAGCUUUGGUUCUACUCUCGGAUCAACCUGGGGCAAGUCCGAUGUCACACCAUCUCCGCGAGGAGGAGCGACGGAGCGCCAGGCCUCAAAGCAGGAUCCUUCAAAGCCAACCGUGCUGCCUGGUGGGCUUGGUGGGACUGCGCAGCGCCUGUCUCAGACUGGCACCACAACGGCAGGAGGGCGGAACUUGGAUUUCCUCACGAAGAAGAUCGGGUCCGUCAUCGGAAGCCCGGGCAAACUAGCAGGCCCGAAGCAGAAAGGCUCCAACUCAGGCGGCCGAACAACCCAAGGCGAGCUCCCAGCAAGCUUAGCCCUGCGCGCACAGAACAUCGAGGCGAAGUGCUCGCCGGAUGUGCGCAGGGCGUUUCGCUCAAAGCCGGUGGAGAGGUGUAGCUGCGCAACGAUCACAGCGGUGUGGUCGGCCUGCGACACCUUCUGGGAAUUUGAUUCUGCACACUCUGGAGAGAUCACCCGAGAGGCCUACAUUGACCUCAUGCGUGAGUGUGCAACAGUCAACACGCUUCGCAUGCUUCGGAGGGCCAGGCUCGAGUUCCGUUUCCGGCGCUCUGCUGCACCGGUGACGUUGGAGGAUUUCCUGGCCAUGGUAUGGCCCAAAGCAACGGUUGAGGAUCGAGCCAAGAUGCUCAGAUGGGCCGAGCUUCGCGAGUGCUACGACAUGAUCCGCCAUAAUUUCACUGCGACGGACCAAGAUUUGGACAAGCUCUUCAAGCUGUUGAGCACGAGGAAGCCUGGUGAGCCACCCAAAGUCAUUGCUAGCGAGCUGAGUCGUUCGCGGGUUCUAGCGCGGGAUGUUGUCAUCGGCUUUGCCAAAGAGAGGCAUCCCAAAGAGGUCCUUUUCGACUUCGAGGAAUUCAAGUCAAUAGCGUGGCCGAAGCUCAAAGAGCGUUGGAUGACGCAAGAUAGCUUCAAAAAGCAGAAGACGGUGGAGGAAAAAGACACGCCGCUCCGAGUCCGCAUCACGCGCCAGAACGACUCUGAUCAAGGUUGA